GAUGAUGAUCAUAGGGACUUGGCUGACGAUGAUGCUGAUGAUGAUUCGGAUAAUGAUGAUGAUGGGAAUAAUUAUGUUGAAGAUGAUUUUGAUGAUGAUGAUCAUGAUCAUGAAGAAGAUGAUUUUAAAGAUGAUACUGAUGAUGAUGAUGAACAUUUGGAUGAUGAUGAUGAUUUGGACUAUGAUGCUUAUGACUUGAAUGAUGAUGAUGAUUUAUAUGCUGAUGUUGUUGAUAUGGAUGAAAAUGAUGAUGAUGAUUGGUAUGAUUAUGAUGAUGAAUAG